AAUUUUUACUCCAUGUAUUUUAAUUAAGGAAUAGCCUACAUUUUGUUUUAUUUUAAUUUYGGCUUAGUCUUGUGAGGAUUGUGUGCAGGCAGAAUGACCCAGGGYGCAGGCAGGCUCAAAAGGGUAACAAAAAGCUUUAAAAAUAAACAAAAAGGCUGASAAGUGUUGAAGCCAGAAGCUGUUGUCACUCAAAAAGUUGUUUACAUCCCACAGAGACCAAGCAGUGUGACAUCAUUGUUUACAAUUUUCUUUGAGACUGUGUCUCAACAAUGCAUGAUUUCCAAAUAAGGAAGGAAGCUUCCAGAAGGGACCAGGACUCUGGUCUUUCUACUUAGACCUCACCUCAGUUCUGAGCCCCCCAGACAGGCUGGGGAGAAGGACUCUCACUGUCUCCAGGUGAUGUUGGUUUAGRCCUUUCCUACCUYUUCUCUGAGAGCUCUUAUACAUUGUUUGUAGUUGUCUUGUUUCGAUAUCUGGUGUGGWAUAAAUUCAUUUAAAACUGUUUUAACUUCCAGUMCAAUUUUCUCAGUUUAAAUGUUUUUAGACAAAAGCACUYGGCGAGAUCAAAGGUGAGCCAAAGACGAAAAUCAUGAUCUCAAUACAAGGCAGCUCAAAACUUACAAGGAUCUUCUCAGGGGAACACAGAACACAGAACAUACCACUCUGACUGAAGACAGCACAAAACAAUGAUUGGACAAAGACUGAACACAGGACACAGAAUAUAAAGGUAAACUAAUCAAGGACAACGAGAAACACCUGGAGGAGACACGAGAGGAAACAGGUGAGCAUGGGCGGGGCUAGAGGAAUGGCAGCAAGGGAAAGAUACACAGGGGAACACAGAAAACACUAGAAAACUAAAGCAAAAAACACAGAUCAUGACAGGACCCUCCCCUCAACGAUGGCUUCCGAUGUCGAAAAAGGAGAGGGACGAGACUCUGGGAAACACGUGACAACACAGACUCAAGGACAAAACACACAGAGUCCAGGAGGACAGACCGAAGCCCACCCCACAUGGAGCAGGAGAUCCGGAGGAUGGCCAGGAGACCAUCCAAAGCGAGGCCCAGCAGGGAACAGACGUGGAGCCACAGAAGGAGAUGGGAGCAGAUGAAGACCCACAGGAGGUUGAYGGAGCCAGAGUGUCAACGACGGCAAACGCAGGCGACAGAGGYGAUGAGGAGGCUAUGGGCAAUGACCCAGGCGAUGAGGCAGCAACGGCAGCCAACCCAGAUGUCGUGGAGGYGCCGGCAGCCAACCCACGAACCUCAAGGACCGCCGACUUGGGACUYGCUAACUCUGGAACCACCGGGACCACCAACUCUGGAACCACCAGGACCACCAACUCUGGAACAGGGACUGGAACCACCAACUCAGGAAACUCAGAAGACACAGGAACAGAUUCGGAUGAUUCAGCAGACCCGGAAGACUCAAAGCCAAUUUGAGUCCAGAUUUUAUAGAGAAGUGUGUGAAUGAAGCUAAGGCCAACGUAGACGCAGUCUAUACAUACUCCAGACGAGAGAGCAUUAAACGGGUGAAGAGAGACACAGCAUCACCUGCAGACAUCCUGAGGCUCCUGAAGCAGCCCAGAGGAGUGUCCCGUAUGGCUGUGCGAGCAGCUGACUACAUGGACAACACACUUCAUCUGAUCAGGAGGUCCCUGGCAAAACGUCACAAACGUGCCAUUAAUGACACAGAUCUGAUCUCUGAUUCGGAUCUGGAAGUGAUCUCCAGACUGACAGGCUGUGCUGCACAAGUCAGACAAAUAGCUUGUCACAGUAUCACUCACGUAAACCAGUAUCGGACUGCAAGUGGCAUCUGCAACAACCUUAAAAACACUCGUUGGGGAGCCUCAAACACCCCAUUUGCAUAUUGGCUGCCUACUGAGUAUGAAGACGGAAUCUCUCUUCCUAAAGGCUGGCAUGGACUGAAAGUCAACGGUCAAUUUCUUCCUCUGGUAAGAGAAGUGUCCAACCGUAUCCUGGCAACAGCUAACUAUGAGGUCCUGAGCGACGUACGCUACACUUUCCUGGUGACCAUGUUCGGCCAGUUUAUAGACCACGACCUGACUUUAACCCCUCAGUCUCCUUCCAUCAGAUCCUUUAAUAACGGCAUUGACUGUGACAAUUCAUGUAUCAACACAGAGCCAUGUUAUCCCAUUAAGUUCCCCAAAAAGGACCCCCGCCCUGACAGUCACCCAGAGUGCAUGCCCUUCUUCCGCUCUGCUCCAGCUUGUGGUUCUGGCAACACAGGCUACAUCUUCGGUGCCAGCACCACCCGCCAACAGAUUAACGUUAUCACAGCCUACCUUGAUGGGAAUCAGAUCUACGGUUCUGACAACAACAAAGCUCAACUGGUACGAAACCUCACUUCUGAUGAGGGUUUAUUGAAGGUCAACACAGAGUAUGAUGAUGACGGUCGUGAGCAUCUGCCCUUCACUCCUGCCAUGGGAGCCAACAUGUGUGCCACCCGACGCAAAAUAACUAAUGAUGCAAAUGCUGAGGAGGUGCAGUGCUUUUUAGCUGGUGAUGAUCGUGUUUCUGAGAACAUUGGAUUGAUUUCUAUACAAACUGUGAUGUUGAGAGAGCACAACCGUUUGGCCCGGGGACUGGCUCAGCUCAACCCACAUUGGAACGGAGAGAAACUGUACCAGGAAACACGCAAAAUUGUGGGAGCAUAUAUCCAGGUUAUCAUUUUCAGAGACUGGCUCCGCAUCAUCCUUGGACCAGAUACCAUUGCCAGUCAGCUUUCAACCUACUCAGGUUAUGAUGAWAAKGUKGAUMCCAGAAUUGCAAGCAUUUUUUCCACAGCUGCCUUCCGAUUUGCUCAUUCAAUGCUUCAACCCUUCAUGUUUCGUCUUGAUGAGAAUUAUCAGAAUCAUACUAGUUACCCCACAGAGUUGAUCACUAAAACCAUGUUUACAACAUGGAGGGUCCUCUUUGAGGGUGGAAUUGACCCAAUCUUGAGGGGCUUGGUGGGUAGCAAGGCUAAGCUGAACACCCAGGAUCAUAUUUUAUCUGAUGAACUGAGGGAUAGGCUGUUCAAGUUCCUUGUAAAGGUAGCAUUGGAUUUGGCAUCACUGAAUAUGCAGAGAGGCAGAGACCAUGGACUCCCUGGCUACAGCAAAUGGCGUGGGUUCUGUGGACUGUCACAGCCAAAGAAUUUGAAUGAGUUGGCUA